AAUUUUUUGAGAAUUGCACUUGCUUUUGCAAUAGUUCAGAUUUGGAAUUUGAAAGAAAAGUUUUUGGUUGAUAUUUUGUCCCUUGGAUCCAAAACCUUGGAUCCGUAUAUUUUUGCGGAUCCGAUCCUAAACGCUGAUGUCAAUUAAUUUUCUGCGAGCAAUUCAGGGAUUCCUCUUGGAUUAAUCUGGCCGAGUGAACAUUUGUAUAAUUAAAAAAUACCAAAAAAAACAACAUUAAUACAACACUAUUUGCUUAUAAUGGUACUUUAGUCUGUAGUAUCUGCCACAAACAGUAUCCUAGUUCAUAAAAUCUGCUGCAACUCGUAUCUUAGUCCCACAAAUUUGGGAAUUCUUAACACUUGCUACUAAAUCUUUUUUUACUAAAUGUAAAACUUUAUAAAAAAAAAUUUCUACCCCAUCCCACGAUAUCGGUUGUUAGUGAGCUAAGCCUGGACAGUCCAACCAAAAAUAUUGUUAAUAUUCUGACCAAAUAUAUGUGGGUCCUCAUGGUUUUUGCUAAUUUGACAAACAUAAUUUACAGAUACAACAAUUUCGCUUCUCAUUUGUUCUGAAAUAUGUGAAGUGAAGUGCAUUGAACCGAAACUUCCAACUUUAGCGUUGAGCGGAAAAUGGAGACUGAGACAUUUCCCCUUCAUCGUCUGGUCUGGAGAAAUGAACUGGAGACUUUGACCUCCAGUCUGAAAGUAAAGGGGGUCAAUAUGGAGGAUAAGGAUACCCAGGGUAGAACCCCCUUGAUGCUGGCUGUAUGUCUGGGACACCUGGAGGCUGCCAGGAUACUGGUUCAACAUGGAGCUAACGUUAACACGGAGAGAGAUGGGUGGACGGUAGUUCAGGAGGCAACAGCUACUGGAAACUCACGUUUAGUUCAUCUAGUAUUGGAAGAGAGAGAUAAAUUAAGGUAUGGAGCCCGGAUGGGUGGUAUCCCCGAACUGUUGAUAAAACUGAAGGAUGUCCCGGACUUCUAUGUUGAGAUGACCUGGGAGUUUACUAGCUGGGUCCCACUUGUCUCCAGGAUGUGUCCAAGUGAUACUUACAAGGUUUACAAAAGAGGAAGCAGUGUAAGAGUGGACACAACUCUGCUGGGGUUUGAUCACAGUAGCUGGACAAGGGGAAGCAGAACCUACAUUUUUACAGGAGAAUCCAACACUGCCAAAUUUAUAGAAAUAGAUCAUGAUACUCAACAGGUGUAUGAAGAGGAGAUGAAGAUGAAUACCGGGGAUUUGGAAACUUUAAGCUUCACAUCGGUGGAUCAAGUUGAGCAUAGGUUGAGCACUCCUCUGGUUCAAACAUAUCUUGACACAGACAAUAUCAGCUUUGAUCGAGUAAAGUCCGGAUUGUUUGGUUGGGGUAGCGAUAAAUCUGAGACUGUGUCCGGGAUGGAAUGCAAGGUGUUUGCCGCAAACAAUGUGGAGGUUGUCACAAAGACGAGGACGGAGCAUAUGUCCAAGGAGGACAAGGAGCUAGCUAAAACUAACAAGAACCCUCUCCUCUCUAUCUUCGGUCCCUCGGAGACAGAGGUGAACCACAUCGGAGCUGCGGAGGGUGCCCCGGAGGUGACGGAGCAAGACUACUUCUCCGACAAGAAAAUUGACAUCGGAAAGCCCAAAGAGGAGUUCAAAAAAGGUCAAAAAUUUAAGGCCCAGCUCUGGUUGUGCGAGCAGUAUCCCCUAUCCCUACAGGAGCAGAUAAUGCCAAUAGUUGAUCUUCUGGCAAUAUCAAACACACAUUUCCAGAAAUUGAAAGAUUUUAUCCACAUGCAGUUACCCUCCGGGUUCCCUGUAAAGAUAGAGAUUCCAAUCUUCCAUGUAAUAAACGCUAGGAUAACAUUUUCAAAUAUUCAGGCUCUGGACUCGGGUAUAGCUGGAGUAACUUCAAUCAAAGAGGAUUGCGGGAGGAGCUCGGCGGCCAUAGACGAUUCCGUCUUUGAGGUUCCAAGAGGAUACACUCGUCUCGGAGGUUCAAGUGAGAACACAAUGCGUCAGUAUGGAGGGAACGAAGAACACCUAUUGCUGCAGUACGCAAUUAGACAAAGCUUAGAACAAACUUCAGAACAGGUUAACAUCUGGGAGGCUCUUGAUUCCUCCCCUCCUGGACCAAGGGAGGAGGGGGAUGGAGAGAACAUGGAAGGAUUAGCUCAACACCAGAGAUCCGUUCUUUCCCAGUCAAAUAGUUUAACCUUCAGUCUCAGUGCAGAGGAACGACAGCUGCAGGAGGCCAUAGAGGCCAGUAUGCGUGAGAACCCUGGGGUCCCGACCUCUGAUUUCCCUGCUCAGGAUUCUGUGGGGGUCGAGGAUGAUCUAACUAUAGCGCUGAGGCUGAGCGAGGAGCAGGAGAAGCUGAGACAGGAGCAGAUGAGGACGGAGGAGGAGAAUAUGCUGGCUAGGGUCCUGGAGCUCAGUAUGAAGGAAAAGUAGGAAAAAGCGCGAAAUCAAAAUCACUAAUUUUUUAUAUUAAGUAAUUGUUACCAUUUACUCAUGCUUUAAAGCUUUAUAAGAGAAUAUAUAAACCUUUGUACAAAACGCUGUUAGAUAAAAGAAAAAGCACUAAAAAAUGAAUUGUAACGUUUUUCAUCGAUGUUGCCAACUAAAAUGAUUUAUUAAUCGGAACAAUUGAGCCAAUUUUUUAAUUUAUAAAAUUCUCAUUAAAAAGUUCCUGAACGUUAGUAAAUUAGUGUUAAAUGUUGUUGUAUCACGCGUCUUCUAAAACAAAAAUAAUUAUUGAAUUAUUUACCUCAAAAUUUAAGUGUACAGUACACUGAACACUAAGGGUGUUAUUGGCAACGCAAAAUUCACAAUCCAUAUUGUACAUCGUACAGCUUGCAAUGCGCGCAAAUUUAAGAUAAUGUCUGUCAAAUAUUUGUAUAUGUAAAUGUUAAUGAAACUGAGGAGAUUUGAUAAUGUUGAAUAUUAAAUGUACCGUGAUAAUCGAAGUAUGCAUUUUAUCUCGUUUGCUUCAAAAUGUAUUUGGUCCAGUAUACUGUAAACUAAUCGGUCUAGUAAACUGUUAACUAUUUGGUCCAGUAUACUGUAAACUAUUUGGUCCAGCAUGCUGAAAACUAUUUGUUCCAGUAUCCUGUAAACUAUUUGCUCCAGUAUACUGUAAACUAUUUGGUCCAGUAUACUGUAAACUAUUUGGUCCAGUAUACUGUGAACUAUUUGGUCCAGCAUGCUGAAAACUAUUUUUUCCAGUAUACUUUAAUCUAUUUG